CAAAAGAAAAUGAAAAAAAAAACAAGGGGAAAAAGCCAAUCUACUUCUCCCCACACAGAUACUUCCGUAGCAAUAUAAAUACCACUCCAUCCACAUACGAAACUCUCAAGCCACCACCACCCACUCACCACUCUCCACCUAAUUCCCAUUAAUUUCCUCCAACCCCCAAAUAAAAUAAAAACUGAAAAUUAAAAUUAGAAAUCUCCAAAGCUAGCUAAAGAAGAUCAGUGAAGAGUGAAGCCCCUACUCCGGUUAACAGUCAAAGAUGGUCAGCACCAGCAUAAUCGACGCCCUCAACGUCCGCGUGGUUGGCUCCGGCGAUAAGUUCCUCGUCCUCGCCCACGGCUUCGGCACCGACCAGUCCGCCUGGCAGCGCAUUCUCCCUUACCUGACGCAGUCCUACCGCGUCAUCGUAUACGACCUCGUCUGCGCCGGCAGCGUCAACCCGGACUACUUUGACUUCCGCCGUUACACCACCCUCGACGCCUACGUCGACGACCUCCUCGCCAUUCUCGACGCCCUCUCCGUCACCCGCUGCGCCUACGUUGGCCACUCCGUCUCUGCCAUGAUCGGAAUUCUCGCCUCCAUCCGCCGACCCAACCUCUUCUCCAAGCUCGUCCUCAUCGGCGCUUCUCCCAGAUUUUUGAAUGAUAGAGAUUACCAUGGCGGAUUUGAGCAAGAGGAGAUUGAGAAGGUGUUUUCAGCAAUGGAGGCGAACUACUCGGCGUGGGUCCAGGGCUUUGCGCCGUUAGCCGUCGGAGCCGACGUGCCGGCGGCAGUCCGAGAGUUCAGCCGAACCCUUUUCAACAUGCGACCCGAUAUCUCGCUUUUCGUAUCUCGGGCCGUCUUCAACAGCGAUUUGAGGGGGGUUCUGGGCCUGGUCAGAGUGCCCUGCUGCAUAAUCCAGACGGCGAAGGACGUGUCCGUGCCGGCCUCGGUGGCGGCUUACCUGAGGGACCACCUGGGCGGUCGGAACACGAUCGUGAUGCUGGAGACGGAGGGGCACUUGCCCCAUCUGAGCGCGCCGAGCCUGCUGAUAAGGAAGCUCCGGCAUGCCCUUGCGUCGUCGUAGGUGGGCCCCACAGUUUGUAGUAGCUAACGAAGCGGGGCCCCAGAGAGGAGAAAUUGCAAUAAGGAUGGAGAUGGUGACACCUGUCCCUCAAGGUGUGGACGUUGGUCCUUUUUAGGGGCAAAACCACUUUGGACUAUAUAUGAUAUCCGCGGGGAGGAUAAGAAUCUCCAUGUGAUUGUCACGUGAUGAACAAUUGUCGUCCUUCCUUCUUUUCUUUUUCUUUUUUCUUUUGUGGUUUGGAAUCUGCUUUCAUUUCUAUUUGUACUUGGCUUCUUAUAUGGACUUUUUUUUUCCCUUAAUUUUAAAAAUAUCUACUUCGUUCCA